GACGAGGGUCGCGCGACAGGGGUUCAUUCUCGAUUCUCGGGCCAAGAGCUUCAAACAUUUAAUGAACGCUAAGCGACCUCUUUCCGCAGGCGUUGCGGUGUCAUUACAGUGGAUUCGCUGGUACUUCCAGGAGUUCAAUUGAACAAACUACCUAAUCUAGCCGAGAGCGCCCAGUCCCCAUCGUCCCAUUUCCAUCCUCGUCCGGCCGCGCACAUCUCGACCUCGAAACAGAAACAUGCACGGCGGCUACUGCAACGGCCACCUCCAACGCUAGCACAUACAUACCGUGUCUCGAUUCCCUCCCGUCGUCCCCGCCGCCCCGAGGCUUCGCCUGCGCCAAACCGGGGUCUCGUGUCUCGCGUACCGAACUGCUGUUAAACGCCGUCACAGGGACGGUCGCCGAACGACGGUCUCUGGUGCGCACGAGGCGGGCAGAUGGGGGACUGGUGCUGUCGCCGCGUGACCACCCACCAGCAGCAGGAGCAGCAGCAUUGUUCAUGGAGACCGUCAUACAAGACCACACGCCGCUUGCCGAUUAUCUGAAGGACGAGGGCGAAGAACAGCAGGCCUGGGCCACGCCGUCCGUCUCGGAUAAUCACGAUGAGUCGCCGCCGUCCAGUCCAUCGUUCGCGCCGGUAGGGCGGCCGAUGGUCAAGAAGCGCUUCCGGGCGAACCUUCCGGACCCGCUGCCGUUGAACAUCCCACCCAUGAACCGCCUGAGCUCGUUGCGCCAUUCAUACUCGAAAGCCGUAGUGUCAAGGAUAGAUCGCGCCGAUAACCUCAAGUUCAUCGAGCAGUUCCGGUACACAAUUGUCGCGUCCCAGUUGCUAAGUGGGCAUUCUAUAGCAACCCAUCCAUCACACCAUAACCGACCAAAGGACACGCCAGAAACCACCCAGACUGUAGCGGUAACAUCAACUGGACUGUUUGCGACAGCGGCUGCCGCGCUUGUCGUUGCAUGGGUGGCUAGAUGGGUGUAUUCCGGAGGUUAUGCCCACUUAACUAAGAAGCGGGUGAGCUUCACGGCGCUGCUUCUAGUAGCGGUCGCCGUGGUGUCACAGGCCUAUCUCCGACAACAAUGGCUUCGAUAUUUGAGAGACCAAGCGCUGGGCGAGGUGACCAGCUUCGUUUCCAGGUCUCAGGACUUUGACAGCGCGUCCAGUGCUGCGAUAUUAUUGAUUCAGGAGGUUGAGCUCGUGUCUCGGGGCUACAGGAUAAGCGCACCCCUACCCCCAAUUAGCCGCAUGGAGGAUCGGUCUCAGACACGCCGCUGCAGCAGGCUGCGCAAGGCGUUGAAGGGACGGCUGUCCGACAUGAUCGAGAGCCACAUGCAGGUCUGUGCGGCGGUCAAGGGGUUCGCCGAGCAGGUGGAUCUGGAGAAGUACCACGACAUCUACGACAUCAGCGACUUCGACAUAUCGGACGCGAUGCGAGGAUUCUCGGAGAAGGAAUUCGACGACCCUGAGUCUCUGCGGUCUCUCAAGAUUGCGGCGGCCCGUUUCUACACCAUUCGCAAGCUUCUGCUAUGCUCCCUCCUCGCCUUUGAAGCAGCAGGCGACAACACCGACUUCUUGCGAUGGUCGACGGCCGUGGAGGGCUUAAAGACUCUUAACCAAACCACAUUUCAAAGCUUCGAGAGGGUUCGCCAGCUCCUCAGUGAAGAAGAGACCUUCCCCACCAUUUCCGACUCAAAAUCACCGCUAUCCCCGAACCGAGAGAAGCGUCGGUCUCAAUUUAUGAAACUUAAUUCGUUGUCAAUGGGCAUCCGAGGUCUUCAAGCAAAGCUUGCACUUUUACGAGAGGAGUCAGAGAGAACGCUGAAUGAGGCGGAAGAUGUGUCGGAGUUGGGGAAUAAUUUGAUGGCUCAGUACGAGUCUAUCGGGCAGGACCUCAAGAUGCUCACGCAGGCAUGGGAGGAAGGGAAAGCCGCCCUCGCGUCAGGUAUUGACCGCAACGAAAAGCGCCUGUCUUCCCUCAGCACCCUACUUUCUCCGGCCACCUCAUUAAGCGGACUCACCACGGUCGAGGAGGGUGGAGCACUCGAAGCAUUCAAGGCCUUAACCGGGGAAUCACCACCGGGCUCGACUUUUGGCAGUCCCAAGGGGGAUUCGGACGAGGCCGAAGUGUUCGAAGCGGUCUCUCUGCCGACCCGGACGCGCAGUCUCCUGACCAGGGACGAGCGGAUAGCGAGGAUGAAGGAAGAUCGGGAGAGGAGAGAAGCCGUUAGGGAAAGGGCCGACGCGAGCCGCGGGAUGCUCCGAGAGCUCGAGACGGUCAUCAACCUGCGGCCGAAGCGGGCGACCAUGCCGGCGCCUUCUCGCAUUUCAUUAUGACAGUGACGACAACCAAACCAACCAACACGGGCCUUAACUCUCCUUUGUCAUUUUGCAUCAUGUUUCUCUACCCGUCUAUCUCAUGGCGGGUUGUAUAGACGGCGGUUUGUUUUCAAUUGGAUUGGCUCUCAGCAUCCAGCAUCAUCGUCUCUGGAGCUUGCUUGACUGUAUCAUUGGGGCUGGCGUUCAUCGGGUGGGACUGCUGCGAGCAUGCAUCUAUCAAUAUGCUAAUUCUGCAUUGGCUUGUAAUUAGAAUUUAGCGGCAUCCUUGUAUGUCACAAUACAGUGAUUGUGGCAGAA